GUCUUGGUCAUCUAGGUAUCGAUACACAGUUCAUCGUUGACGAUUCAACAGUACCAAAAACAAAAAAAAACAAAAAAACAAAUAUCAUUCAAUAUGAAGAUGAUCAUUGCUUUUGCUGCCUUCGUAGCUGUUGCACUUGCUGCACCAGUUGAAAAAGACGUUUUUCUUGUAAAAGAAAGCCCAGUUGAUAAUAUUGGAGUUGGUGGAUACGCUUAUGCUUAUGAAUUAUCAAAUGGUCAAACUCAUGAAGAAAAAGCUGAAUUAAAAACAGUUCAGGGUGAAGAAGGUCCAGUAGAAACACUUGUUCGAUCAGGAAGCUACUCUUUUGUUGAUCCAGCAACAAACCAAGUCUACAAGAUCACUUACACUGCUGAUGAAAAUGGUUUCCAUCCAGAAGGAGCUCAUAUUCCAUCAGUUUAAGUUAUUAUUUUAACUUAGAUCUCAUUAUGCAAUACAAUCAAAAUUAUUAUUUCGACUUUU